AUGACUGAAGUAAAUAUAAUACAUCUAAUUUAUGAUUUCAGAUUAGAACGUAUACUAAAUUCCAAUACUCAGACAAAACAAAUAGCGAUAUUAGGGACUAUCGAUGAGAAACAUGCAAUUUUAAUUAUAGAAAAAUCACCAUUUAAUUUAGAUCGAAUCAAUAAUCGAAAUUCAGCAGUUUUGGAAAUAUUCCAAAAUUUAUCACUAAUCAACUCAAAUGAUGUAUACAAUUGGGCUAAAGCAACUUUAAAACAAGACCUUAGUCAAUUACCAGCUGCAAAAGUAAAUUUAAUAUAUCCAGCUACAGAAACUCAUAUAAGAAAAUAUAAUGAACAAAAAUUACACUACGUUAGAGAAACACCUGAAAUGUAUAAUAAAUAUGUAAUUCCAUAUAUUGAAACAAUGAAAGGUGAUAGAUUAAAAUGGGUUUAUAAUAUUUUAUUUGAAGGUAAAGAAUUUGAAUCUGUUAUAUAUCAUGAUAAAUCAAAAAAUGGAUUUGUUUUAUUACCUGAUAUGAAAUGGGAUAAAGUUAAUUUAGAAAAUUUAUAUCUUUGUUGUAUUGUUAAUAGAAUGGAUAUUGGAUCAAUUAGAGAUCUUUCGGGUGAUGAUGUGAAAUAUUUAAAGAAUUUACAAUUUAUAAUAAGGACUGUUACGUUUGAAAAAUUUGGAUUAUCACCAGAUGAACUAAAAAUUUUCGUUCAUUAUCAGCCGAGUUAUUAUCAUUUUCAUUUACAUAUUGUUAAUGUUCAUCAUCCAGGUUUAGGAGAUGGAAUAGCUAUCGGUAAAGCAAUAUUAUUAGAUGACGUAAUUGAUAAUUUGAAAUUAGAUGGUGAUUAUUACAAAAAGAAGACAAUUAGUUAUGUGUUGGGAGAAAACCAUGGACUUUGGCAAAUAGAAGGAUAUAGAGAUGAAUGUUGA